AGGCAACCGCACAACCAGCUGUGCACGACUUGUGGAUCCAAAUAAGCUCUUUUUAAAUCGCGUAAACAAAACAUUCAUCUCUUUGCUCUGCUUAUCGAGUUAUGUAAACUCCUUCCACUGUUUAUUCGUUUUUAAAACUGACUUAAAUCUGAUCCUGCAGUGAAGAAUAACGAACAAUGAGUUGUUCCACGAAGAAAGAAAAGACGAUAAUCGGAGGCAUUCGGCGCAAGUCUGGCGGGCCGAAAUUCGAGCUGAGCGACGAGCAGAAGGCCGACAUCAAAGCCGCUUUCGCGCUGUUCGACAAGGAGGACACGGGCCUGAUGGCCACCAGAGACCUCAAGGUCGCUCUGCGCGCGUUGGGCUUCGAGCCGAAAAAGGAGGAGAUCAAGAAAAUGGUGACCGAGGUGGACAAGGACGGCAAGGGCAAAAUCACCCUGGACGACUUCACGCAGCUGAUGAUGAUGAAGAUGGCAGACAAGGACUCGAGGGAGGAAAUCCUCAAGGCGUUCCGGCUCUUCGACGACGAGAACACCGGCCACAUUUCUUUCGACAACCUGAAGCGCGUUGCCAAGGAAUUGGGCGAAAACGUCACCGACGAAGAGCUCCAGGAAAUGAUCGACGAGGCAGACAAUGACAAGGAUGGAAAGGUUAGCCAGGACGAAUUCUUGAAAAUCAUGAAGAAAACGUGUCUCUACUGAUUCACCUAAACGGCUUUUCCUAAAAGAUGUUGAUCUCGCACCACUCUAUCGCACACAUUCCCUGUUUAUGUUUUUGUGUGGUGUCUUUUCAAUCGGUUUGUUAAGCAGGGUAAUUCAAUUUUAUUCGAUUUGCAUUGUCUCCCACUGAUAUUUUUAAACUGCAAAAUUGUCUGGGUUCUUCAAUGGAAAUGUGUGGAAUGGGAUGAAGAAAAUAGAUAAUUUACUUAAAAUUUACACGAAAAUCCAUUUCGUCUCUUCCAGGAAACAAAUAUAUGGUUGCUGCUAGUCAAAACGAGCAUUUAAAAAUGUAUGGCAAACUAUCCAUCUAUUUUUAUCAAAUAUAAUAUAAUACCAGCUGUACUCAAGUAUUUGUAUUAUUUUACGCUCACUGUUGUGGAAAAGAAUAAAAAUGAAAUAACGCGGAAA